AUGGAAGGAUCUAGUAGAGGUAGCCGCGCUGCUGUAGCCUUGCAAAAUUAUAAGCUAGGAAAGAAUAUUGGCGUUGGGUCAUUUGGCAGGGUUAAACUUGCAGAGCAUUUGUUGACGGGCCACAAGGUUGCUAUCAAGACCCAAAGUCGUCAUACAAUAAAGAGCAAGGGAAUGGAAGAAAAAGUGAUACGAGAAAUCAAAAUUUUAAGACUAUUAAGGCAUCCUCAUAUUGUGCGUAUGUAUGAGGCGAUUGAGACACAUUCACACAUUUAUAUUGUCACGGAGCAUGUGGCGUCGGGCGAGCUGUAUGAUUAUAUUGUUGAAAGAAGGAGGUUACAAGAGGAUGAAGCUCGUCGCUUCUUCCAACAGAUCAUAUCCGGCGUGGAGUAUUGCCACAGAAACAUGGUAGUUCAUCGGGACCUAAAACCAGAGAACUUGUUGUUGGAUUCAAAGCACAAUAUUAAAAUUUCCGACUUUGGCUUAAGUAACGUCAUGCGCGAUGGCUAUUUUCUGAAGACGAGCUGUGGGAGCCCAAAUUAUGCUGCACCCGAGAUUAUCAGUGAAAAAUUGUAUGCUGGACCUGAGGUAGAUGUGUGGAGUUGUGGUGUCAUUCUUUACGCUCUUCUUUGUGGUACCCUUCCCUUCGACGAUGCGAAUACGCCAAAGUUGUAUCAGAAAAUAAAGCGGGGGCUAUAUACUUUUCCUAGUCAUUUGUCUGCUCUUCCUGAGGAUUUGAUUCGUAAAAUGCUGGUGGUUGAUCCUAUGAAGAGAAUAACUAUCGGCCAAAUUCGUGAACAUGAAUGGUUCAAGAUUCGUCUUCCUCGCUAUCUGGCUGUUCCUCCACCGCAUACUUCACAGCAAACUAAAAAGAUCGACGAAGUCAUCCUUCUGCAGGUGACUAAAAUGGGCUUCAACAGAGACCAGUUGAUCGAGUCUCUCCAUAACAGGAUACAAAAUGAGGCAACUAUUUCGUAUUAUUUGCUCUUCGACAAUCGGUUCCACGACACGACCGCCGGCUACCUUGGCGGCGGUUUCCAAGAAACCAUGGUGCAGGAGUGCUUGCAUACGAGUUCAAGUGACAUUGCAAUUCCAAAUCGCCUACCAGCUUUCCCUAAUACCGAAAAAAAAUGGGCUCUAGGAUUUGAGUCUCGAGCCCAUCCUCGUGAAAUCAUGACAGAGGUACUCAAGGCUCUGCGAGACCUGAAUGUUUCUUGGAAGAAUAUUGGAAAUUACAACAUCAAGUGCCUUUAUCUUCCUGGCCGUGCUAAUGACCAAGGCAUUGUUGAAACAGAAGGUGCUGGAACCACGGCAGUACUGAAGUUUGAAUUGCAGCUUUACAAGAGCUUAGAAGAGAAGUACCUUCUGGAUUUGAUGAGGGUGAGCGGCCCUCAGCUUCAAUUUCUUGAUUUGUGUGCUGACCUCCUUGUUCAGCUUAGAGUUCUGGGAAAUUCAAACUGA